GAGUGAACAGCUGUUCGCACUGAGGCUAGUACAGAAGCACUGAACACUCGCGUGGAUGUUUUUCUCUUUCGGUGUUCAUUAUAACGCGCGCGCGCGUGUGUCGGCAGGAGGUGCAUCCGGUGCACCGGGAGGCCGUUCCUGAUCCCGCGCGAGCAAUUGGCUGCUAGUGAACUUUGCGACGCGUGUUUGUCCAAGCGCUUCGGUCACGCACGCCACGCACUUGAGAUGGCUCGUGCACAUCGGAAUAACCGGCACGCUCGCGACCUCACUACUCACGGACGAGGUUGAAGAUUCAAGAGAUCAUCCCUACACGCAAUCGCACGGUGUUCAAACGCGUCACCCCGUAGUUAACAAGUCGGGACGCGUCGGGUACUGUCAGAGAGCGAGGGGAAUUCACGGAAACAGGAGAGAUGACGGAGAAACGGAUGUCGCGGUGGUAUUUCGGUGGCCUCGCGUCUUGCGGAGCCGCCUGCUGCACGCACCCGCUGGACCUGGUCAAGGUGCACCUGCAGACGCAGCAGGAAGUGAAGAUGAAGAUGGUUGGCAUGGCGAUGCACGUGGUCCGGAACGACGGCGUGUUGGCGCUUUACAGCGGCCUCAGUGCCUCCCUCUGCAGACAGAUGUCGUAUUCUCUCACUCGGUUCGCCAUCUAUGAAACGGUCAGAGAUAUGAUGGGCAGUGGCGGGCAAGGGCCGAUGCCUUUCUAUCAGAAAGUGUUGCUGGGAGCGUUUGGCGGGUUCACGGGGGGUUUCAUCGGGACUCCUGCAGAUAUGGUUAAUGUCCGGAUGCAGAACGAUGUGAAACUGCCUCCAGAGCAGCGGAGAAACUAUAAACACGCGCUGGAUGGACUCUUCAGAGUCUGGAGGGAGGAGGGCACCAGGAAGUUGUUCUCAGGUGCCACUAUGGCAUCCAGCAGAGGAGCUCUGGUCACUGUCGGACAGUUGGCAUGCUAUGACCAGGCGAAGCAGCUGGUGUUGGGAACUGGACUCAUGGGAGAUAACAUUCUCACCCACUUCCUGUCCAGCUUCAUUGCUGGAGGUUGUGCAACAUUCCUCUGUCAGCCGCUGGACGUGUUGAAGACGCGAUUAAUGAACUCUAAAGGAGAAUACAGAGGGGUGAUGCACUGCCUGACUGAAACAGCCAAACUUGGACCACUGGCCUUUUACAAGGGUUUAGUUCCGGCUGGGAUCCGGUUGAUUCCUCACACAAUCCUGACGUUUGUCUUCCUGGAACAGCUGAAGAAAUACUUCGGCAUCAGAGUGAUCAGCUGAACUUUGACCUCUUCACCUUCUCCCGUUGGACACCCACUCUUGACAGCGACAAAGCCAUCUGUCUUACCACACACACACACACACACACACACACACACACACACACACACAGGCGUUUAGUUGGUCCAAUCCAAAAUAGCUGGAGUGACUCUAGGAAUAUUUCCAUAGCAUGCUCCUGUAAAGCAGGAGCGCCGCAGCUAUGAAUCAUGGGACAUCAGGACUUAAUAAUAUGGAUCUACUAAUAUCUAUCGACGGCCUUACGCUCAUCUUUUCUGACAUUAGAUUAUAGACGAUUUGUAGAUUUAUGAAUUUACGUAUGAUUUAAAAAAACAACCUGUUCUCAAAUCAUUCUACUGCAAUGUGACAAGAGGUUUAAACGAUAGUUCACCCAAUCGUAAUGAAACAGCUGCAACCAUUUACUCACCCUCAUGUCAUCCCAAAUCUGACUGACUUCUGUGGAAAAUAAAAAGAAAUGUUAGCUGGAGGUUCAAGCUGCUUUUUCUCACACAAUGAAAUUGAAUUCAGCUCCAAUAAAUAAAUAAAUAAAUAAAAAUAAUUGUCUAAAGUGCGUGCACGUGUGACAAACAGUCGUUAAUCACCAGAAAUCCUCCUCAAAUUCAUAUUUGCAUUUCUGCAGAGAUUCAUCCAAAUAUUUCAUCUUUAUAAAAUAUUUUAUUUAGUAAAUGGCAGAAUUAUAGUUUUUUUUUGGGUGAACAUUUAAAUGGACGUCAUCGACACACACACACACACACACACAAAGCUUGUCAAUUUAGAUUUUUUAUUUUAUUUCUGGCAGUUUUUAUUAAGUAUGUUUAACAAUAGCAACAUGUGGAGAGCUGUGCAGUGUGUAAACCUCAAGAGGUGCACUAGUGACUGACGCUAGAGGCUGUAGCCUUUAGCCUCCUCGUUAGCGUGCUUGCCUCCCAUGGCGGAGACCCCGGUUUGAAUCCCGCUCUGAGUGGGUCGAGUAGGACCGGUUACAUAUGGUUCAAUCUGGAUGUAUUGUGUUAAUUUAAUAAUGGUACAUUUUCAUAAUUAUGUAUUUUCAAAAAUCUGUAUUUGACAGUUUAUUCAUCUCUUGUUGGGUUAGAAUGAGGGUGAAAGACAACAUUUAAAGGGACAGAAUUAUAAUCAUUUUUACAUCUAACCACAAAUGUGCUGCAUCAAAGAGGAAAGAGAGUAUUAAACCAGUAACUGCAUGUAAAGAGUGUCCAGGGCUAAAUAUUUGGACCCUGACGGAGAGCAAGUGGUGUGUUAGCUGUGACUGAUGACGCUUAGUGCUAUGCUUUCAGUUUCUAAAAGUAUUUCAGUUCUGUUAUUUCUGUUUAUUAUAUUUCUGCUGGAAAAUCGUGAACCUUCCUCAUCUGUUACUGUUAUUUCAGCAAAUGUGCUUGUAGAUGUUUUAGUGCCAAGAUGACGAUGUUUAGUGAAUUAAGUUGCACUAAUUACUUGUAGUAAGUCAUGGUUCUGUAUAACUGGACUCAAUAAGUUUUUAACUAAAUAUUCAAAAUAUAGCUAACUUUAGAUUAAGUUGGUAAAUUACCAUAUUGGUAUAUUCUGGUUGGGCACACAUAAAACAGAGGCUGUUUGAGGGUUUUACACUUAAAAAUGCCAUCUGAAAACUUGAAUAAUGUUUUAAAUCACUGGUGAUGAAAAGCCUUAUCUAAUGUUUAGCAGAGCGGUGUCACGCAAAUGUGCCAGUGAGUGAAAGGAGGUGACCUGCUUGUAUGCUAGUGAAUUUGUUUAUCUGGGAACGAAAAAAUAAAUUGUCUACAAAUAUAUUUGUAAUUUAUUUAUUUUUUUAAUAGAAUUUGCUGCUCCUGCCAUCUCAAAACUAAAAUUGUAAAUAUGCAAACUGAAAGAAAGCUGGAACUGCUCUGAACUGCAAUCUCUGCUGUUACACACAAAAUGUAAUUUGUCUAAAAUAAAAUGUAUGGAAAUAAAAGU